GACUGGGCAGAGUGUCACGCGGUAGUACUGUGACACUUUUUUUGUUGACUUCCACUUGUGUUGUUGACACGCAUUGAUUUCAAAUCAACAAAAUCAAUAUUUCAGCGAUAAACGCUGUUUGGAUUAAUGGAGAUGAUCGGCGAUCUUUGAGACGUUUAUCAGGAGUGAAAGGUUGGAACUUCAAGUGUACUGAAGAGGGUGACGCGUCCUGAACCACCUUGGUUGAGAAUGGCUAACAACGGUGACGCCAAUGAGAACACUCCACUUUUGGAGUCCUGGACCAGACCGUCAACACUGUCAGUCUUUCAAGGAAGAAGACUGGCAUGUGCGGCCAUCCUGCUGGCUGAAUCAUUUGAAAGGAUUGCGUUCUAUGGCAUUACUUCCAAUUUGGUGCUUUUCCUCAACAGUAGUCCAUUGUAUUGGGAAGGCACACAAGCAAGCCAGGCACCACUGAUGUUCAUGGGUGUCACUUACCUCAUUUCACCAUUUGGAGGCUGGAUGGCUGAUGCAUAUCUGGGGAAAUUCUUGACAAUUGCUUGGAGUUUGAUCCUGUAUUUCAUUGGGAUGCUAUUUUUCCCUUUUAUUUCAAGUGAAAACACAAGGAUCCACAUGUGUGGUGAAGAGAUGGCAUUCCCCGUGCUGCCUCCUGAGUGUCUGAACACAAAUAGUACCCCUCCAAGCAACGUGACUUGCCUUAAUCGUGCACAAUAUUGUGGCCCAGUAAUCUACACUGGACUUUUCCUUGUAGCUUUAGGUGUGGGUACUGUGAAGUCCAACAUCACUGCAUUUGGAGCAGAUCAGGUUAAAGACAGAGGCCCAGAGGCCACGCGAAGAUUCUUCAACUGGUUCUACUGGUGCAUCAAUUUAGGAGCCAUCGUGUCGCUGGGAGGUGUUGCCUACAUCCAGCAGAACGUCAGCUUUGAGCUCGGUUUUAUAAUUCCAACAGUGUGCCUGGGCAUCUCCUUCGUGGUCUUUCUCCUGGGGCGAGCCGUCUUCAUCACCAAGCCUGCUGAUGGCAGUGCCUUCACAGAUAUGUUUAAGAUCCUCGUCUUUGCCUGUUGUUCAUCGCCGAAACUCAAAGAGCCCAACCUGCACCGCUCAAAGCCAAAACUACUAGAUGGUGCCAAAGUGACUUAUGGAGGAAAAUUUCCAGAAGAGAAAGUAGAGGAAGUGAAAGCACUGCUGAAAAUCCUCCCCGUCUUCUUUGCCCUCAUCCCUUACUGGACGGUUUAUUUCCAGAUGCAGACGACGUAUUUCCUUCAGAGCCUUCACCUGAAGAUUCCUGAAACUGCCUCCAACAGUAACAUCACCACGGACUCCAAUCAGGUGACGUUCCGUUUUCCGGCAGCCUGGCUCACGAUGUUUGACGCAGUGCUCAUCCUUCUGCUGAUUCCCCUGAAGGACAAAGUGGUGGACCCCAUCCUGAAGCGCAGAGGCCUGCUGCCUUCCAGUCUGAAGAGGAUGGCCGUGGGGAUGUUCUUUGUCAUGUGUUCGGCCGUGGCAGCAGGUAUUUUGGAGACCAAGCGCCUGGAGAUUGUCAAAUCAAAUGGUACUAUUGACCAGGUGCUUGGCAAUGUUAUCUACCAUGCUGCACCUUUACCCAUAUGGUGGCAAUUGCCUCAGUAUGUGCUGAUAGGAAUCAGCGAAAUCUUUGCAAGCAUUUCAGGUCUGGAGUUUGCUUAUUCUGCAGCCCCCAAAUCUAUGCAGAGUGCCAUCAUGGGGCUCUUCUUUUUUUUCUCCGGCAUCGGCUCCUUUGUCGGCUCCGGUUUGCUGGCUCUCGUCUCCAUCAAAGCGAUCGGCUGGAUGUCGUCCCACAAAGACUUUGGUAACAUCAACAACUGCUCUCUGCACUACUACUUCUUCCUCCUUGCGGGGAUCCAGGGCAUUACCUUGCUGGUCUUUAUUAUUGUCUCCGUCAGGUAUGCCAGCCAGAGGAGCCGAGCAGGAAGCAGGCAGAGACACGCCUCCUUUUGACCCUCAUGCACAUUCUAAGAGCCUCCUCACCAUAUCUGCCUUUUUCAUUCUUACUGCUCAGUAUCCAAAGAAGAGGAAG